UUUAAUAUGACGACUGCACGCUUUUUCUUGGGGGCUUCCCUAUUUGCUUUGCUGAUUAUGGACAUAUGCUGUGUCCCUGUUAAAAAAGGUUUUAAAAAAGCAGCAGCAGCAGCAGCAGCAGCACCAGUGUCCAGUCAGUUUUUACCUGCAGAUGAGGAGGAAAUGUCAACUGUUGAGUCCAGUAGUGUUCAGUAUCUGAGUCCACCUCGUCCACCUCCUCCACCUCCUGGAUCAGCAUUCAAGGCAGGAGAACUGUCUCACUAUGAAAACAGCUAUGAGCACGCUGACUACGAAAGGGAGACGGAGGAUCAAGGCUACCUCCCUCCACCUCCUCCUCCAUCCCCUAUGAAGAAGUCCUCUGCUCCACAACUCACCAGUCAACCUCGACCUCUGCCUGGACACUGGAUCUUUUAUCCCUAUGACCACAUGUUCCUGACUAGACAAUAUCUGCCAGGCACACUCACUCACUCCAGCGUCAGCUUUGAGCAAGGCAGAGAUCACUGGCAAGACUCCCACUAUGUGAGACCUUAUCAUGCUGACAACCCUGAUCCUGUCGAGCAGACUGAGCCUGAAGCACCAGAGAGCUUGGAGGAUCCACCUGUGAAGACUGUGUCUGGCUAUGGUCAACCUGCUGUUUCCCAAGGAUCUGCCGAUGACCAAGCAGGACAUUACUUCUCUGGCGGGGUUUACUAAAUGGAUCCCUCCCAUGAAGAUUAUUUUCUGACACAAAUAAAUAUUUAUGUUGGGUAAUGUGACUUUAA